GGAGGAAUACAGCGGAGCCGCGCGGCAGUGGUUCGUCUGCGCUCGCCCGCCUCCAGCGAGCCUCGUUCAGCGGCAGCGUCCAUUUCCUCUCUCCCUGUAGCGUUAGCAGACCAACGAGCUCCAGCUCCAAACAGACAUGGCUGACCAACUAACAGAAGAGCAGAUUGCAGAGUUUAAGGAGGCCUUCUCCCUGUUCGAUAAGGACGGAGAUGGGACCAUCACCACCAAGGAGCUGGGCACCGUCAUGAGGUCACUUGGUCAAAACCCAACCGAGGCCGAACUCCAGGACAUGAUCAAUGAGGUGGACGCAGACGGUAACGGGACCAUCGACUUCCCAGAGUUCUUGACAAUGAUGGCAAGGAAGAUGAAGGACACUGACAGCGAGGAGGAGAUCAGAGAGGCGUUCAGGGUCUUUGAUAAGGACGGAAACGGUUACAUCAGCGCAGCGGAGCUGCGUCACGUGAUGACCAACCUGGGUGAGAAGCUGACCGACGAGGAGGUAGACGAGAUGAUCAGAGAAGCAGAUAUCGACGGAGACGGACAGGUCAACUAUGAAGAAUUUGUUCAGAUGAUGACCGCCAAAUGAACCGGGCUCACGAAAAGACAGAGAAUCAGUCAAAUGUUUCACUUACCUCUUAUUGCAAAAAUCUACAUUUAUUCAUACUGUUCUGUAUAGAAAACUUAAACUGAAUGUUGGAAAAAUGAAAUUCUGUCCAUAUAAACAAGCUCAAAAAAAAAAAAAAAAAAAAAAAGGUAAAAAGAAAAACCUAAAUGAAUCUGCAUGUACUGGCUUGUAUACCCUGCCCCCUUCUCCCCAGCCCCAGCGCUAAGCUGCCCAAUCAGAUCUCAACUCGUUAGUCAAGCAGCCUCUCUGCAGCCGGCUCGUUUCCGCCGCUGCUCCUCUGCUUCCUGGUUCCAUCUGCCUGAUGUCAUAUGACGAUUAUAUGGGCUGGCCAAUCGUCUUCUCUUCUACGACUUCCUGUUUUCUUUCUUUCCGUUUCUUCUCUUCAUGCAUGCAGCUUUAGAUGGGUUACUGUCGAGAGCCCAACGGCAGAAGGCGGCCGUUGGGCCUCAGGUUGGCCUGGGACCCACGGACGGACAGACGGAGACGAGGGAGGGGUGUUAGUUUGACAGGUGGAUGGGAGUAAACCAGCUGAACCUUUUGCAGUUUGCUUACCUAAAUGAAGUCAGUGACGACAGAGAUAUUUUUAAGAAAAAUAUUAAAAUGGAAUAAAUAAGAACUCAUUUUAGAUUCUGUGUUUCUGGCAUGUCAGGAUACUCGCUUUAUCCUUUUGUGUGUUUACCUUUUUUGAGGGUGAAGCCUGGAUGGGGUGGGGGGCGUAGAUUUGAGCCCCUCAGGCGUUGGGUAAAUCCUAGACUAUUUGGUGGGGUUGGGGUGGGCUUUAAAGGUGAUAUACAGGAGCAACUUUUGGGGCAAUAUCAAAUCAUGAGUAUCAGCAAAAUGAAGACGAUGAAUCUGAAGCAUACUUGGAUGUAUUCCCUCAAAGGCUGCACGUCUAUCAUGACUAUAUAGGGGCGUUAAUUUCAGUUUAGUGGGGACGGGGUCGGUCCUUUGCGGCAUUUCUAUCUUGUGUUUGUGCGUGAGUUUGAGUGUGUGUGUGUAAGUGAGUGUGUGUGGGUGCGGCGAGGCCCGGCCCAGUCCAACUGUUCUGUUCAGUUCAGUUGAUCUGCAUUCCAAGUUGUACAUGCUAGUCUUUACAUUUUGUUUUUCCAAUAAAAUACCAUGAACUAA